AUGUAUGGAAGUAAAGAUGAUCAAAAACAGGCAUUCCUACAGAAUCCAAAACCGAAGAAGGUUACUAAGAAUCCCUGGAUCGAUUAUGUGUUCUGGACAGAUGACCGAACAACAAGACACAUCAUGGGGAGAAGUUUUACCGGAUGGCGUAUGUGCAACUUUAUUUCUAAUGUUUAUUACCUUGCAGUCAAAUUGUGGACAUUCCACUUUGUCUUAUACGUGAUAAUGCUCAUAAUCAUGACUGGACUAUUGAUUAUCAUUUAUCAGCUGAUCAUCAGCAAUGAUGAACCGUAUUUGACGGGUAUGAAUAGCCCGUUGGCCCUUUCACCAGGUCUUGGAAUGCGGCCUCGGAUCGAUUUCCGCACUGCGUUAAUCGCUUACGAAGCAUCUGAUCCACAAACCUAUAUGCCCUAUGUUCAGAACAUACGCACCUUUGUUUACCUUUACGAAGAAGUGAAUAUCAAACCACAAGACGGUUUCGCAACGUGUGAACAAAACGUCAAAUCACCGGAUAACAUGGACUUAGUGUGCAAGUUCUAUCCAGUCGAAAUGGGCCUCUGUGUGAAGGAAAACAAUUAUGGUUACGACAGGAGUCAGCCUUGUGUUGUGCUGAAAAUUAACAAGGUGCAGUCCGAGUUCUCUUCCUCGUGUAUGGAUGGCUACCUGAUAUUGUCAAUUCAUCGUUAUCACCCAACCCUCUCGUCCGUUGCCGUGGCCAGAACCCACAAGAUUUGGAGAAUUUUGGCGUCGUGCACUAUUAUCCGAAUGUCACUGUUGACGGUGUCGUAUACGGCUACUUCAGCAACCUAUAUUUCCCAUACUUGGUUCAAGUGGCAUAUCGAUCUCCGCUUGUGGCGGUGCAGUUCAUGAGCCCAAAAAGACAUGUGCUGCUGAUGGUUCGGUGUGAAUUGCUCAACAUACGACAUCCUGGGGAACCUUUGGACUUCGAAAUUUUGGUUGAUUGAUAUGCAUUCCUUCUCACGCACCAUGGGCAAUACUAGUUUGUUCUAUCCUUCUAUUUUCUAGCCGAAAAGCUGUUCUGGUUUAGCCUUUUUGCGUACCGCCAUUUUUGACAUGCAUAUUUUCACCUUUUCAAUUUGAUUGGCUGAGAUCUGCCGUAGGCUAUGUACAGAUGUUGUUGAAAUAUUUUUUUCGUAUACAUUCCAUCUAAACGCAUGUUCAUUGGGAAAUCAAGCUCCCGGUUUCUGUGUGUGGGUUCGUGAUAGGCUAUGUCAGAUGUUGUUGAAAUAUUUUUUCGUAUACAUUCCAUCUAAACGCAUGUUCAUUGGGAAAUCAAGCUCCCGGUUUCUGUGUGUGGGUUCGUGAAUUUCUACCAGUAAGUUGAGAUAUGUCUGUACAAAGUACCCAUCAUGAUUUUCAUGCUACAGUGUACCAAUUAUGGCCAUAUGCAACGUUGUAAAUUUCUCGUGCGC